AUGUCGUUGUUCCUUUUUCUUCCACUUUUACUUGCUGCUAACAGUGCUGCAGAAACCGUUGUCGAAAGGAUUGACAGGGCCUUAAGUGAGAUACCACUAACCGUGAACAAGGCUGAGGUUCUUGCCAACCAUGAAAUGUUGCAAGCACAUGCGGAUGAAAUCAAAGAGGAACUGCGACUGAGUCCUCAACGGGAGGAAAUUCUCCAAAGGAUUGAGGCGGAAUUGCAACCCAUACAACAUACGGAACAUGGUAACAGUACCAUCGAGCAAGUCAACGCACAGGCACAGAUUGGAGACCUUUUGUAUCAGAGUGACAUAAUCUUAACUCCUCAACAGGCCGAAGCAAUUCUCGGAAACGAUGUUCAUAUGGAAUUGGACAGAAGUAAACGACAAGCGUUGAACUGGAAGCACUGGGUUAAUUACCAGUGGCCAGACGACACCCUGUAUUACGCAUUUACUGAUGCGAUAGACAGUAGAACGAGAGAUAUAUUCAGGAAAGCGGCAAGGCUAUGGCAACAAGGCAGUUGUGUAACUUUUAUUGAGAGCGAUGCAGCGCAACACUAUGUUCUUGUGACGAUGGAGCCAGCCUGCUCUUCGUACGUGGGAUGCAUACAUCAAGGAGCGCAAAGGCUUAGGCUGGGAAACGGAUGUCACUUGAUUGGUACCGCCGCACACGAACUUGGACAUGCCCUUGGAAUGUAUCAUACGCACUCAAGACAUGAUCGAGAUCAAUACCUCAUUAUCAACACGCAUAAUAUUCAACCCGGAAAAGAGUCACAGUUCAAUAAGGAAACUAUAGAGACAAGCAACAACUAUGGUAUUCCUUUUGAUUAUGGAAGCAUCAUGAACUACGCAACUGAUAGCAUGAUCUCCUAUUCCCUAGAGAAACAGAAAGGUAUGUACACUAUGGUACCUUUGGACUCAAAGUACAUCGAUACAAUGGGGUCAAAUUUCAUUUCCUUCUACGAUAUGCUCUUGCUGAACAAUAUGUAUGACUGUCUAAAAAAAUGCAACGCAAAGCAACGCUCACCUGCACGAAGUAGAGUCAAACGAGGAACUAUCACUAGAACUAAAACUUACACUGAUAAAAAUGGCAAAAUUACCAAAAGAGUCACCAUUACUCAUAGUAGUUCCGGCGGUUCCUUCAACAGUGAUGAUGGUUUCGGAUUCGGUGGCUUUUUCGAUCCCAUGGGUAGCCUCGGUAACAUCGGUGGCAUGGACUUUAGUGGCUGGGGCAGCAUCUUUGGUGGCUCAAAUGGUGGUGGACUAUCAGGAGAAGAGGGUGGCUCAGACGGUGGUAGCAUUUUUGGCGGCUCAAGUUGGAGUAGCAUUUUUCGCGGCUCAAAUGGUCGUCAACUACCAGGAGAAGAGGGCGGCUCAAACGGUGGUAAUAAACUUCCCGGGAAAGAAGGCUCAAAUACUGGAGGGAAGACCAAUUGGGAUAAAUUGCCCGGUGAGGGCGGCGAGAGGCCUUCCCAACCGUCCGGCCCAUCCGGCCCAUCCUAUGAGACAGCAAAAUGCGCAAACGGUGGAUAUCCAAACCCUCGAGAUUGCUCAAUAUGUAACUGUCCAGGUGGAUAUGGAGGACGACUAUGCAAUGAAAGGCCAGACGGGCCAGGAAAGGUACUGCAAGCCAAAUCAAACUGGCAAAAAAUAGAGACCCUAGUGGGCUACAACAACGUGUAUAACACCAAUGAUAAAGACGACUUUUUGUUUGAAUACUACUGGAUACAGGCUCCCCGGGGAAGAAAAAUCGAAGUGAAAGUCGACGAUAUUACGCCAAAUCUUGAAACUCCAGGAUGCUACUGGUUUGGUGUUGAGGUUAAAGCACAGAAAGAUCAACGUCUGACUGGAUACAGGUUUUGUUCUGCUACAUAUAAAGGAAAGACCUACAAAUCGGAGGGUAAUCUUGUGCCUAUAAUUAUGUACAGCAGAAUCUGGCGAAUCAAAAUGAAUCUCUCUUACCGCAUGGGCACGUUUUUUCUAUCGUCAUGUUUUAAUCCUGCGUUAUCAACAGCAACAGCAGCAGCAUCGUACUUGAUCGUCAAGCGUAUUUUCCGACAAGAAAAUAAAGCUUGCUACUACCGACUAGUUGUAUCGAACAUCGUGAAAGAUGCUUAUGUGCAGACUAAACGAUAUCAUCCCCUAUAA